AUGACAAGAAGUGCUGACCGAGAAUACCCGAGUCGUUCUCGAAAUCCAUGCGGGAUAUCGGACAGCGGAAGGAACUUCCUGAAGUUGCGGAGCUUGCUUGAUUGCGACUAUCGAGAUGCUGUUGGCAGUGGGACUUGGGGCACGUCGUUCUUACGAGACCGCUUGUGUCAAGUCGGGGAAGCUGACCACAUGAAGAGCUCGGACGAUCGGGACGAUGGUGGAUCGUGUUUUCCGAGAAAGGUGCAGGAAGAUGCUUCGCCUCUUGUGGGAGGGCUCACUGGUGGUGGCAGAGUGACCACCAUGGGGCUGACCAUCGAAGAGUUGUUCACGCAGUAA